CAAUAUGUCCAAAUACCUAACCUGCCUGGCUAAGCUAGUCACAUUGUAAUGGGAAGAGAUCAGUUAAGAGAAACACAACACUAGGACAUGGAACAUAUUGGUUAUAAGCUGCUUAUAUAUUUUAAAGUAAGUUUAGAAAUGACUAAUUCAAACAAGUCAAACUUCAAGGUGAAGACAUAUUGCCAAACCGGGAAACCGCCAGUCAUUCUCUGGAGAAUUAUUUCACCACUUCUGUUUAUAGUUGGCAAAGGAGUUUAUUUAUUUAUAUGAUCUACCCAAUAUGAGGAUGAAUGAUUCAAACUGUUCGAACGAAGAGAAUGAAGCCAUAUUGCCUAACGAGGAAACAGCUAAUCUCUUGUGGACGAUCAUUUCGCCAAUUCUCCUUCUACUUGGCACGGUAGGCAACCUCCUUUCCAUUGUUGUGUUGACCCGUAAGGCAAUGCGGAAGUCCAAUAUGUCCAAAUACCUAACCUGUCUGGCAGUGGCUGAUCUAGCGGUUCUGUAUGUGGGACUUCUAAGAGAAUGGGUGCUUCAUGGGUUUGAGAAGGAUAUCCGCGACGUUCAUACAGUCGCUUGUAAGAUCCACGCAUGGUUAACCUACUCAAGCCUUCACACAUCGGCUUGGAUUCAAGUCUCUAUGACCAUUGAACGCACGGUAUUUGUUUGGAGACCUCUGCGAUACAGGAUCUUGUGCACCAAGCGUGUAGCCACCAUCAGUGUUGGUAUUGUUAUAAGCAUAUGCCUGAUAUUAAAUAGUCACUUUCUGAUCUUCUUGGAACAUACUAAAACAGAACCAGGAGUUUAUGUGUGUGAUUCCGUAGAGACAGCUGAGUAUGAAGACUUUCUCAGCAAAGUGUUUCCCUGGAUAGAUCUGUGUGUGUGGUGUAUUGUACCUGUCGUUGUCCAUCUUGUGUGCAAUAUUCUCAUCAUUUACCGACUACGUACGCAUGCUCGGACCAUGGCUAGACAUGAUUCCACGCCUGGGGCAGAUGGAUCAAGGCAAAGUCUCGUAAAGUCCAUGACAACGAUGCUGUUGAGUUUGAACCUGGUGUACCUCCUCUGCACCUUGCCCGUGUCCGUCUUCUACGCUCUCGAGAACUAUUGGAAGGACAGUUCCCCAGGGGCUGAGGCAGAAGCACAGCGAGAUCUUAUAAAUGCAUGUGUGAGCCUUCUGAUGUACCUCAACAACUCCACCAACUUCAUCACGUGUUUUGUCAAAGGAAAACGAUUCCGGAAGGAGGCCCGUAUUACCUUCAGCUGUCAAAGACCACGACGUCUCCCACGUCAAAGAGGUUCGACUUUGAUCUCUACCAUAUCAAGGUCAUUACGGUCACCAGUGACGUCAUCGAGUAGUUCAUCAAGCGACAUCAUUGGAUUGAGUUACAGACGUAGUGCUGCACAUCCACAAAUAAACAACAUAAACUCGAGUAUCGGUAUGUGACGAGGUGGACAAAUAAACAACAUAAACUCUUGUGUCAGCAUGUGACGAGGUGGAGAAAUAAACAACAUAAACUCCAGUGUCAGCAUAUGACGCUUUGGAGAAAUAAACAACAUAAACUCUUGUGUCAGCAUGUGACGAGGUGGACAAAUUAACAAGAUAAGCUCCAGUGUCAGCAUGUGACGAGGUGGACAAAUAAACAACAUAAGCUCCAGAAUCGGCAUGUGACGAGGUGGAGAAAUAAACAACAUAACCUCAUGUGUCAGCAUAUGACGAGGUGGAGAAAUAAACAACAUAAGCUCUAGUAUCGGCAUGUGACGAGGUGGACAAAGAUUUUGAAAGUAUUUGCUGGGAAGUUGGCGUGCACAUGCUCUACAAAUCCUACAAUCCACCGAAAUCUGCAUGACAUUUUACGAACCGGAUUUGGAUUUCGAUGCGCGAUUUUUAUUGGACUAUGCAUAGACUCGUUAGUCCUGCCAAAAUGUAACUCCAUAAUACCAGCCUAGUUCGGCAAGGGUGGAAACUGGACUUUUCUAGUCAGUUAACUCCUUUGCCUCGGGAAGAUGGACGAAAUGACGAAAAGCAUGUAUGAGGGGGAGAUUUGAGUCUAGUCAGAGCAUUGUCUGAACGGUCAGUGGAGUCACAUUUCAGUGAUAUGUCAGUCAGAAAACACCCUUACACUAGUACUUUCUGUUGAUGUCUUGUGAUCUGAGGAACAUGUGAGAUACAGGACUUUGUGCGAUACAUAAGUCCACAUUUUGAUAUUAUUGUGUAAUACUGUCCAUAGCGAAAACAAACUAGUACAGUAUGAAAUUGGUAUUUGGAUUAUUUUGGUAUAGUCGUAUAAGUAAAUCGGUACAUUGGUGUUUGUGUGUGUAUAUUAGUGUAAAAAGAAUAUGGGUUUAUUGAUACAUGGAAUUCAUUUAUAUUUGUACAUGGAUAUGUUUUAUUACGCAUAAUAAUAACGUACUUUAGAUAUG